AUGCGUCUUUCGUUCGCAGCAGCCGCUGUCGCCCUCGUGUUCUCUAACGCCCUUACUGGUGUCGCAUCGCCUAUUGGCGUGCCCCUCUCUGAGCGUGGUGCUGACCUCUCGAAGCUGACGUCGACUGGUGGCGUCUUGCACGCGCGCUACGAUAGGGACCGGUUCGAUCGCCACCGCCACCACCGCCACCACCGCCCCCAUCGCUACCGCCCUCCUUUUUCUCAGAGCACUACCACGUCUCAGAGCAGCACCACCUCUUCAACUCAGAGCAGUACUUCCGUAGCACCCGUUGGUACCAUUACUCCAAACGAUGCCGUGUCGGAUGCGAGCCUUGGGUCUCUCGGAGGUCUCCCGAUGAACGUCGAUACGCCCCAGAUCUCUCGGAGGCUCGUGAGCGCGAACCUUCCGGCUCCCAUCGGGAAGCUCCAAAGCCGCCUCGCAGGGGUCAAUCUCACUGACAUCCACGCACGCGCCGGAUCUAUCAGUAUCUCGAACAUCACCGCUCGCGCAGUCCAUCGCGCUCGUAGCCUCAUUGGCAGCAUCAUCGCCCGCGCGCCAUACACGCAAGAAGAAGAGCACGGCACGCAAGAGAUCUCUGAGAAGCGGAUGAAGAGCACGCACCACCGCGUCGCUGACUCGCGGCACCCUAAGCAUGGACACGGCCACUCCGGGCACGAGUCCUCGCGCAAGGGUAACGGGCACGUGAAGUCGCCUGGACGGGAGCAGGAACCGUCGGCGCACGACGUCUUCCGUGGCUCUCGCCAAGGCUCUGAGCCCGGUUUCUGGGGUGAGAAGUAUAUGAAGCGCGAGGCCACUUCGGAGAUCAGUAUGGGUCCCGAGUCCGCUCCCCCUUCCUUGCACCAAGGGUUCAUCAAGAACGCAGACUAUGGGGCGAUUACCAGUAGUCCUGCACCGGUUGCUGCUCCUGCUCCUGCUCCCGCCCCUGCGGACGGCAACACCAAGAUCUCUGCAUAA